AUGUCAGACCAUCGAAAUGGAAGUGCACAAGCUGCCAAUGGAAAAUCUAGUGCAGCUGGUUCAGCCUAUGCUAUUGAUCUGACUACAUUUCAAACUAUACUGAAGUCAUUUUACAAUCACUGGGAUGAACACAAAGCAAAUAUCUGGGGCUCUUCUGAUGCAGUUGAUGUCGCAUGUCCUCCACCUUCAGAAGAUCUAAGAUACCUAAAAUCUACUGCUCUAUUCUUGUGGCUCCUUGGAUUUGAGUUCCCGGAAACAAUUAUGGUUUUCACAAAGGCGCAGAUCCACAUAUUGUACAGCCAAAAGAAGGCAUCUAUUAUUGAAUCUGUCAAAAAAUCUGCCAGAGAGUCAGUUGGUGUGGAGAUUGUAUUGCACGUCAAGCCUAAAAAUGAUGAUGGAGCUUCUCUUAUGGAAGCUAUUAACCGUGCGCAUCCGCUACCGUCAACGACCUUGGCUAGUAACUUUCGUUUUCGACACGGUUCAGUACUUUCUUCUCUAGUUUUCUUUUUUUCCUGCAGUUUGAAAUGGUUAAAGGUUUGUUUGGAUUGA